GAGAGAGAGAGAGAGAGAGCGAGAGAGCAGAAACUGAGAGGGUUAACACUUUUAGAGAGAGAAACAUUAAAAACGUUCAGAGAGGGCUAUAUAUAUACACACACACACACACUUCACAAACCACGUAAUUCUACACAUAGAGAGAGAGAGAGAACAAUGAAGGACGAAGCUAUAAGCUCCUCAGGAGACCCGUUGUUGCCCCCCAGAUCUCCGCCUCCGACCCACACUCCCGCUGCCAGUUCUGCUGGGGCAUCAUCUCCUGCUGUUCCCACCAAUGCUGGCAGCACAGACUGGUUUGGUCAAGGGCAAAGUUCGAAAGGAGGAUCCCUUUCUCGCAUUGGCUCACAGCCCAUGUAUACGUCAUUGAGCACUAGUGCUGGUGGUUCUGCUCUUGGAUCAUCACAGCCAUCCUGCAGACCGUGGGAAAGGGGUGAUUUACUGAGGCGUCUUUCAACAUUUAAACCUGCAAAUUGGUUUGGAAAGCCUAAGGCUGCAAGUUCAUUGGCAUGUGCUAGAAGAGGUUGGGUGAAUGUGGAUGUUGAUAAAGUUGAAUGCGAAUCUUGUGGCGCGAUUCUGAAGUUUGUUUCAUCGGCUACCUGGACUCCUUCUGAAGCUGAUGACGCUGGAGAAGACUUUGCCAAGAGACUUGAUGAGGGACACAAACUUACCUGUCCAUGGAUAGGAAACUGCUGUGCAGAAAGUCUGGUGCAGUUCCCACCUACUCCACCAUCGGCACUUAUUGGUGGUUAUAAGGAUAGGUGUGAUGGCCUUCUCCAGUUUCCAUCCCUCCCUGUUGUUGCUGCAUCUGCAAUUGAGCAAAUACGGAUUUCUAGGGGCCCAGAAAUAGAUCGUUUGCUCACGCAGUCUCAGUUUGCACGUGGUGAAUCUGGCAUUAAGCUGGAAAUUUUAUUAGGAACUGAGAACUCCAGAGAAGAUGUCUUCUUCAUAUACUCUCGUGCUCAGAAGAUGAUAAGCCUCUGUGGAUGGGAACCCAGGUGGCUUCCAAAUGUUCAGGAUUGUGAAGAGCAUUCUGCUCAAUCAGCUAGAAAUGGAUGCUCGAUUGGUCCUUCAAAAUAUCGUGGUCCUCCCCGUGAUCCCAGCCGUGGCAAGAAACAUUUGUCCUCCUCCACCAAAAAGGAUUGUGGCAUAAAUGAAGUUACAGGUACUAGCUCGAAAAGUGUGUCUAGAUCCCCACUGUUGGAUUGUAGCUUAUGUGGCGCGACAGUAAGAAUCUGGGACUUCCUAACCGUCUCACGUCCUGCUAGUUUUGUUCCUAGUGGCACUGAUGUUCCCGAAACUAGCAAGAAGGUACUGACACGUGGAAUAAGUGCAGCAAGUGGCAUCAGUGGGUGGGUUGCUGCAGAUGGUAUGGAGAAGGAGCAAUGUGAGGACCAUGAUGAAGCUGCAACUGGUGAAGGAAAGUCAUUGUCCAAUAUUGGGGUGGAUCUGAAUCUAACGAUAUCAGCUGGAUUGUCCUCUUCACGGUUGCAGGUGAAUGUUGUGUCUGAACAAUACCAAGAUGUUCAUAGAGGAAGAGAUGUACUGAUUCGGCAGCCUUCCAGCAGUGAGGUUGGUGAUCGUGCAGCUUCAUAUGAAUCACGGGGUCCUAGUUCCCGGAAGAGGAACUUAGAUGAAGGUGGAAGCACAGUCGAAGGAACUGUCAUCGACCGCGAUGGUGAUGAGGUUGAUGAUGGUGGACAGUACUCUGCUGGUCCUUCAAAACGUGCUCGUGACACAGGUGUUGAACCACAUCGGUCGCCAUAUAGAAAAUACUCUUCUGGGGCUGGUCCCAGCCGGUCAUUUGGUUUUGAUGUAGGAAAUGAUGGUUACAAAGAUGAUUUUGACCAGGGACAGGAACAACUAAUUGGUAAUCCAUCAACUAGGGAUUCAACACAUGUUUCCUCUGUUAUUGCAAUGGACACGAUUGGGCACAAUGCAGAAAAUGAUUCAAUGGAAAGCGUUGAGAACUAUCCUGGAGAUUUUGAUGACAUACAUUUGCCUUCUACAUCGACAAUCAAGUACACAGAUCCCAACGAGACAUCAGAACUGAACUACAGCAAUCAAGCACAGCAGAGUACUUGCCCAGCUGCUGCCAGAAGUGCCGGUGACAUGGGUGUUAGUAGUACAAAUGAAGAAGAAGUAGUAAACGCAGAUACUGCUACUGCACAUGGGAGGGACGGUCCCAGCUUUGGAAUUAGUGGAGGCAGUGUUGGUAUGGGUGCUAGCCAUGAAGCUGAAAUUCAUGGGACUGAUGCUUCUAUCUAUAGAACUGACAGCGUUGUGGGUGAUGUCGAACCUAUUGCCGAUGUAACUGAUAACCAAGGACAAACAGGUGAAUUUGCUCCAGAUCCAGGGUUAAUGGGUGAUUUUGUACCUGAAGAAAUCGAUAGAGAGGAUCCUCAUGGUGAUAGCCAAGAUUUGAUUUCUCGAUCUGUAGCAAGGGCAGAUAGUGGCUCGAAAAUUGUUGGUUCGACUAAGGCAGAAUCUGUUGAAAGUGGCGAGAAGACUAGCAACAUGCGGGCCACCUCCCGUGAGAAUAGUCCUCAUCCUUCUCUUUCUUGCAAUGCCAUUUUAUGUUCCGGCUUUGAAGCAUCAAAGGAAGAAGUUACUCAGGCUGCCAAAGAUCUGACGACUGAUGACUGUGGAUAUGUGGAAUCAGGCUAUCAAGUUGCAAAUGGGACAGGCCCUCCAAAUGGUGGAAGCAACUAUGAUGAGCCAGUUGAAUUUGAUCCAAUUAAGCAUCAUAAUCACUUCUGUCCUUGGGUGAAUGGAAAUGUUGCUGCAGCUGGCUGUAGUAGCAGUAGCGGCUCUGGUUCCAGUGCUGGUGCUGUUGCUCUUUGUGGUUGGCAGCUGACAUUAGAUGCUUUGGACGCUUUCCAAUCCCUAGGGCAGGUUCCCGUCCAAACAGUGGAGUCUGAAUCUGCGGCGUCCAUGUACAAGGAUGAUCAUCAUACUCCUGGUAGGAAGCUCCUGGCACGCCACUCUUUUAACAAAAGCCGUGGGAAGAACUGAACUGGAAACUUUGUUUAGAGAUGACCUACCUGUCCUCAAAGAUCAAGCUUAACAGCACCUUGUUAAGCCAACUACCUAGAAGUAAUUUGUUGCUUCUGUACUCGAACUACAUCGGAAUCCCAUUAGCUGUAAUAUUUGUCAAGAUACUAGAAGACCUCUGUUUUUCAGUUCCCAAGUGCUUAUUUUCUGUACCUUCUGAACCAGUCGCAAUAACGCCUCGGCGACCAAUGAGGCUUGUUUAGUCAUUAAUAGUAUCCAGUCGGGGACAUGUUUCUAUUUCAGAAUUUUUGUUGACUGUAAUGCUAAGAUUGCUUGUUUCACACCGUGUAUUGGAGCACAUGUUGAUCCAUUCUUCUCAGAA